AAAUCAGGACCGUGCAGUUGGGCAGUAGUAACGGUCGGCUUCGCUUGUUGUGGCUGUCUUCCCUUGUCUUGUUGCUUGGUUAGUUGGCAGCAGCUUCCGUUACUUUUUCCCAGUAAAGGAGAAAGUUAGACAUUAUAAAUGAAGAUCUUGUUCUUUCAGCACUGAGGCUGCUGUUACCGCCACGGUGAUGCGGUACAAUGUCUUUAAGUACAGUGACUGCAGGAAGCGGGGUGUUUGAGGCUGUUCAGAGAGGAGAUACCGAGCGGGUCACCCAGCUCAUUGAAGACGACACGACCGUCUUACAGCAGAAAGGUUGGGGUGGUUUUACUGCCCUUCAUUUUGCUGCUCUUCAUGGAAACCGUCCAAUAGCUGAGCUCCUCUUAAAUUGUGGAGCCGAUCCCAACAUUGCUUGUGAUGCAGGACAAACCCCUUUUCACUUUGCAUGCCGACAUGGCAACAUCAGCAUCAUGCAUAAAAUGCUGCAGCAUGGUGCAGACCUGGCUGCUGUGGAUCUACAGGGGAAAACAUCACUCCACCAUGCAGUCAGUGGGGGAAACAUUGUUGCCAUGCAGUAUCUGUCAGAGACCACCAUGUUCCGGUUUUCAGAUGGUGAUCACUUCCAGGUCACUCCUCUACACAUAGCUGCUUCCAUGGGGAAUACUGAUGUGGUCAGGUACCUUCUACGCAACAAUAGAUGUGCAGCAGAUGCAGUGGACCAGCAGGGGGCGACAGCACUGCACGUGGCUGCAGAGAAGGGCAUGAUUGAGGUGUGCUGGCUGCUACUGCAGAGUGCGGGAUUCCACAUUUUACACAUGAAAAACCACACUGGCCUCACACCUCUAGACCUCUGUAAUCACGGAACCACUUAUAGACAUCAUCAACUCAGCAAAAUCUUAACUCCAUUCUACAAUAAACCAAAAGAUCAGAAACCCAAAGAGUCAUAUGUGGUGUACUACUGGAUGCUUUUGGUGCCCAGUCUCAGUGGGGCAGCAGUGCUCCUCAUAGCUGCAGCACUGGGAGAAUAUGGAGGAGUAUUUUGUGGAGUGUUCUUUCCCUGGAUGGCAAAAGUCACCCUUUCACAGUACCACAGAAUGAGCAGCUAUCAGAAGUUACCAAAUCCCAUCUAUCUGGGAACUCUGACUGCAGGCAUCGUUCAUUCCUUAGUCUGCUUUUACUAUAAAAUUCUUCCUAGUAUUUGGCCAGCACAUACACUUUUGCAUGUUUCAGUUCUCCAUUUCUGUGUGCUUCUUGGGCUUUUCUGGAAAGUUCUGAGACAAAAUCCAGGCCGACUCCGAGCAGCUGAUGCAGACCACAGGUUCGCCAGCAUAGCUGAGCUGCUAAAGGCCAAUCAGAAUCCCAGUCGUUUCUGCAUUUACUGCGAGCUAUUUCAAGUGGAUAACUGCAAGCACUGCCGCCUGUGUGACUUUUGUGUUCUGGAUUAUGACCACCACUGCCUCUUCCUCAACCACUGUGUUGGGCGCAACAACCACCGGACCUUCGUGCUCUUCAUCCUGGCCAUGAUUGUCGCGCACCUCAUCUUCGUCAGCAGCGCUGGCUUUUAUCUGUACAGGAGGCUGGCCUUGGAGGAGCACUGGAGCUGGACCUCAGUAGCAGGGAGAGAGGCUUGGGUGCUCCUGCUGCUCCUGCUCAACAUCCUCACUCUCGUCUGGCAGGUCUGGCUGCUCACAGAGCAGUUUGAUGCCAUUUCCACUGGAAGCACCAGCUACUUUAGACACUCUCACCGUAAGAAGCUUUCUUGGAGAAAGCGUCUUGCCACAGUUCUCUCUUUUCUGAUUGAAGGGAAGAGUUUUAAAGGCCUUCAGCAGAAAUCUGUUGACAUUUAGUUUUAAAAUGAUCAUUUCGGUCAUAGACAUUUCCUUCACUUCAAAACUCGGGGCUUUUACGAUAAAAACUGUGGACAUUACUGGAAUACAUCCACUUGCAAAACUGAAUUGAAAAACCUUUUUAAAAAGUAUUGCAGAAGCAUUCCAAUUUUAUAACUGUGCACUAAAAACCACACCAUUUCCUGGUAAUGCAUCUGUUUCUGUUUACACAAACUUGUAAUUUCCUUUUUUUGCACCAAGCUUAUUUUCUAAGAUUUUAACACUGGCUUACUUCAAGACAUUUCAUUAAUUACUGUGAAAUAGGCUUUGAGUUCUUGGGAACUUAAUGAACUGUUAAUUAUUGAGAAUUUUUUGUGUAAGUAUUAAACCUUUUUCCCCCUCAUUUCAUUAUGUAACUCCCUAGGUCCCCACAAAAUCAUUGGGGAUGCAAACAUUUGUAUACCUUUGCACAAAUAUAGUCAAUGUCAGGCAUGUACAAUUUGUACAAAAUGUCACACAGUCCAUGGAUUGUCAUGAGUAUUUAAACAUUAAACAUGGUCUAAAUUUCACUCCACUGAUUGUACACUGCCUGGUCAAAGAAAGCAAAAAGGUUACACACUAAUAUUUCGUUGGACCCCCUUUAGCAUUGAUUGAUUCACACAUUCACUGUGGCAUUGUUUCAAUAAGCUUCUGCAAUGUCAAAAGAUUUAUUUUAAUCCAGUGUUGCAAUAAUUUUUCACCAAGAUCUUGCAGCAUUGAUGAUGGGAGAGUCUUCUCCAGCACAUCCCAAAGAUUCUCAAUGGGGUUAAGGUCUGGACAAUCCAUGUGUGAAAAUGAUGAUCUCAUGCUCCCUGAACCAUUCUUUUUUAUAAUUCCAGCUCCACGAAUCCUGGCAGUGUCAUCUUGGAAUAUACCCGUGUCAUCAGGGAAGAAAAAAUUAUUCCAUUGAUGGAAUAACCUGGUCUAUAUUCAGUUUAUUCAGGUAGUCAGCUGACCUCAUUCUUUCAGCAUAUACUGUUGCUGAACCUAGACCUGACCAACUGCAGCAGCUCCAUAUCAUUUGCUUAGUUAAAUCCAGGUGGUGAAACUUUUUUUUUUUUUGGCCAGGCAGUGUAAUUUCAAGCUAAACUUGUACUUGUACUGUUCAAAUAUUUGUAACAGUUUACAGUUUUAAUAAACGUAUAACUAUUGUUAA